AUGUCCUCGUUGCUCACAGGUUUGACUCGCUCAUCAUCCCACCCAAUGAUCGAUGGCGAACUCGAGGAAGAAGAGCUCAUCCCCAAAUCAGAGCCCAACACCGGGGCUGCGACCGAGGUCGAGGCCGAGACCCCAUCCGGAUCACAUGAUCUAGACACCCCAAGCGGUGGCAGUGCACCUCGACCAACGGGGCGGGGUCGUGGUCGUGGUCGGGCCAGAGGCAGCAGGGCUCGCGGCAAGAAACGUGUCCAAGAGUGA